UGUUUUUGGGGAGUAGAACCGAACUGAAAAAUAGAAGCCCAUGUGAUAUGGCGGGGCAGCUACUGAUUCACUGUUUACGUCUGGAUGAUAUACUUAUCUCGAUUUAACUUAUUUUUCAUAAUAUUUAAGAUAUCAUUCUAGAUAGACCAGUGUGGAGUUAUAUAGUGCAAUAUUAAUCGAUUCGCAUUGGGUUAUUUAACAUACUUUUAGUAACAUUUGAAGUGCAAUGCAUAGGCCUAUUUUUUUGUGUGGUGUAAAACUUUAUAUAUAGGGCAAUAUCAAUCGAUUCGCAUUUAAAUUAUAACUAUUUAAAUUGUGGCUAUUUAACUUUCAUAUACUUUUAAUAACUGGAUACGAGAAGAAGAGUUAUAUAUAGUUCAAUAUUGAUCGGUUCGCAUUUAAAUUAUGGCUUUUUAACGUACUUUUAAUAACUGGAGACGUGAAGGAACGGAAAAACUCCCUUGCUAGAGUAACUAUAGCUGGACAGACUGGUAAAUCUGUGUGGGUACUGACUGGAUCGGGAAGAUAAAAAAGGGUAUUACAACCCGAAAUGUUAUAAUCAUUAAAAAAUCUUAACUCUACACCAAUUCUGUUGUGUUGUUGUUGUGCGGGGAUUCUAACAUUUACUUUUAAUAAUAUUUACUGUGUGAUUCACAUAUUUUUGUUUGGUGUAACCGUUUAAGAUUCUCGAUACAGUAGUUUGGAGUAUAUAUACAGCUUAUUAGUGCUCUGUUCAAGUUAAUUUUUUUUUAUCACAGUGGAGGACAUUGUUAUUGUUCAGUUGGGUGGUAUCAACAAUACCCGUGUUCUUUGUAUAUACAGUAUAAUACCAAAAUAGAUAACAGUGUAUUUAGAAGAUAUGGGUAAUACACGAAAUUGGUUUUGGUAAAUCGAAUUUUGUUGGUUUGGUAUUUGCUGCUAAUGUAGCUCUAGCUGUUUUAGUCAAAGCUUUAAAUACGUUUGUAUUAUUGAAGACGUCAUUUAAAAUCAGAUUUAUCGUCAAUGGAUGCCUCAUGUUAAUCGGAUUGUUCGGUGUUGCUUUUGCUUCUAAUUUUUGGUUUGCUCUGGCCUGUAUUGUUGUUGUGGGGAGCAGUGCAGCAUUCGGUGAAAAUGUUACUCUGGGUUUUCUGUCCAAAUUCCCCAGUCAUCUUGUGAAUGCAUGGUCAAGUGGAACAGGAAUGGCGGGUCUCCUGGGUUCUACUAUUUAUAUUAUAUUUGGUUGUAGUGUUGGUAACGGAGAAGAUAAAACGAAGGAUCUACAUACACUCACCAAAUACGCAUUCUUAUUAACAACACCCGUUGUUCUAGUCUACUGGUUAGCUUAUUUUAUUGUUAUAAAGACGGAGAAAGAACAGCCAGUAGAAAUAUUUGUUAAUAAUGAAGAAGAUAGCGAAAGGACACCAAUAUUAGAAAACGUUUCAGAUUAUGAGAUUAAUGGUGAGUAUGAUGUAGAAUCAUCAUGUCAGAGAAUAUGGAGAUGUUUAAAACUUAUAUUAUGGAUGGGAUUUAACUUGUGUGCCGUGUAUGUAUUUGAAUAUGUCGCAAGAGGGUGUGCGGCUAAAGUGAGACAUAAAUCCGAAUAUCACGUGGGUUGCCCAGAACUUUAUGCUGCUUUACAGUUAUGUUACCAGGCCGGCGUGUUUGUAUCCCGAUCAUCAGUUCAGAUGUUUACCAUAAAACGUGUAUAUGUUUUAACACUUCUACAACUUAUUAAUAUGAUUUUAUGGAUAUUUGAUGUCCAUUGGAAGUUUCUACCGGUAACUGUUUUACCCGCGUUGAUGAUAUUUGUUGGUUUGUUGGGUGGAGCAUCCUAUGUGAAUAUAUUCUAUCAGAUAUUACACAGUGAUAAAUAUCCCACAGCUGAUAGAGAACUAUGUAUUAAUAUUACAGCUUUAUUUAUUACGUUAGGAAUUUGUUUAGGAACUGCUCUUGAAACAUCUUUAUUUACCACUGUUUUAAAACAUGAUUAACAUCCUGUAUAGCUAUUACAACAGUGUUUUAUAAAAAAGUUGAAGACAAAUAUAUCUAAACCCGCGCCUUGAAAGAAGAAGCGUGGCAAUUUUUGUAAACUUUAACCUCAUGUGCCAUGGGCUACGUCAUACCACGGAAUGUUUAUAAUCAUACUGUCGUAUGGUCGCUCAUACAAGUAAACUGUAACCCCAUGUGCCAUAAGACAUAAUUGGGUGAUAAAUAAAAUCUCCUACUCAUCUUUUUUGAUAUCGAAACUGUAACCAUGAAAUGUUUAUAACCAAUCUGAUUAAAACACAGAUCCUAUUUCGUUUCCUUUUUUUAUAGAUCAAAAUUUCGUUUUACUUGUCUUUACUACACUAGGAUCUGGAAGAGUUGUUAUCAUUGACGUGUUCUGGAUGGUGUUAGGGAUAAACCAAUGAAACGGUCUGUGGGUAAUCCAUAAGAAACAUCAAUGCUGAUUGGUUAAUCAAAUGUCUGACGUCAUAGGGUCAAAAGCCGCUCGUAUGACCUCUGACGCGACCUAUCACUACAACUUGUCAGAUCUUCAUGUAGUGUAGGCCAUUGAAAGUAUAAAAAAAACGAAACGAAAUAUAGAUCUGUAUAUUAAUCAGAUUGGUUUAUAUAAAUAUCGAUCUGUUGGUCAAACCGACCUUAUAUUCCAUGGUAUUACUGACAUUUUCUUUUGCUGCCCUUAAAACAUUAGAUGAAUUUAAUAAUCGGAAAAUUCAAACUGCGUGACAUUUUUAUUUUUAUUUUAUUUAUGACAGGAUAAAAUAUUCUUUCUAAAAAUAAUCAAUGUUUGACAAUCCGUACAUUUACUAUUAAUUCGACUUGUUAUUCUAGAAAAAUCACUAUUCUUAGCAAUAAAGGUUUGUUGUAUGUUACUGUUAUAAUAUUUCCGAAUUCAUUUCUGAGGUUUUUAUUUGUGAUUUAUGAUAAUUUAAUAAAACACUAUAAGG